UUGCAGCUGAUAAAAAUAAUAACAAAAGUGCAAUGUUUUCCUGUGCUUUUGUUUUCAAAUAGCGUUUAUUGUCGUUAUUUUAGACAUAAAAAUGGACAAAUCCAGGUCCAGUGUCAACGACAAGUUUGUCGGCUUUGUAGAACAACUGCGGAAUACGGAAUGCAGUCAAAAGCAGAAAAUCAACUGCUUCCAGCAGAUUGCCGAGUGCAUCAUGUCGCCUUCGCUGGCGGGGCACAUAAACUAUGCAGCACACUGUGGCACAGCCACGAAUGUCCUGCUGCUCUUCUGCGAGGAUGUGGAUUCCGUGGUCAGGAUGAGUGCGGAGGAGAACCUCAACAAGAUCCUGCGGGCACUGGAAAAAACUCGGGUUAGCCGUAUACUUAUGGACUUGUACGGUGAGAUCAAACGGAAUGGUAAUCAAAGAUCCUUGAGGAUUUGUUUGAAUCUGUUCUCGUACUAUGCCCCACAAGUAAAGGAGAAACACAUUAAGUGGUACGCCGUAAGAUUGCUGCAAUGCAUUACCACUAUUUCCCAGCGCAAGGAGACACUGCUUCAGGAAACUCUCUGCGACUUUGUCAAACACUUUGGUCGGUACAUACAACAGGGCCUUAGCGACAGUGAAUCUUGCAAACUCUUCGAGACUUUUCUAGACAAUAUUAGCUCCGAUUGUGCCGUGAAGCGUCGCUGCUCAGCCCAAAAUUGCAUCAGUCUGAUUGAGCAUGCACGAAAUAGGAGCCUCAUGGCCAGACAUGGAGUCAGCAAAGUGAUGGAACUCUUGCUGACGGAUCAGCAAGCGAGCAGCGUGCUGGGAGCCCUGGGGCUGUUGCGCCUCCUAUUGCCGCAACUCAUACGCGGCUACAGCGCCGAUAGCCACGAGGAUUCCGAGUCCUUGGCCGGCAAGAAACAGCAACAGCAGCAGACAACGACCUCCGACUGCCGGCAAAUUAUUGAAAUUUAUGAUUAUUGUUUGCACCUGCUGAGCACGCAGCACACCGCGAAUCACGCCAUCAUAAAUGCCACCCUGGAGGUCAUCAACGGCAUACUCCAGGCCCUGGACACCCCAUCCGAUGGCCAAUGUAGCCAGAGUCUGGGCCAAAGUUUGCGCCAACUGUUGUGCAAUCAACAACUGCAGCACAAUGAGUAUUUGCGGCGAAGGAAAUCAUUAAAGAAUCAAAUAUUCCAAUUGAAAAAUUACGAAGUGGCGACAAGUCAACAGCAGCGCGAGGAUGAGGAUGACGAUAAACUGGCGGUUGGGGCCAGUGCAAUGCAAAUGAAAAAGAAUUCAAAUGCAAAACUGCAGCAGGCGAAGUGUCAACAGCAGCAACAUCAGCAGCAGCAGCGGCAGCAACAACAGCAACUCGAGGUUGACAACAGCUCGCUGGGAAUUAAUGCCGGGGAAGAUGCCACGACCGAGGCUCCAAGUUCCGUCGCUGAUGAAGGGGGAAACGCAACGAAGCAGCGCUGCCACAUUAGGAAUGCCGCACGCAGCAUCAGCGAAUGCGUUGCCUCGGAUGAGGACAGGCAGGGGCAAGGACACCAGCAGCGGCAGGGCGAGGAUGACGAUGGCAUGGGGGAUGGGGAGGAGGAUGAUGAUGACGACAUGGAGCUGCUGAGUGCCGAGUGUGAUGACUUUACAACCCUGUCGCAACUAAAUGAACAACAACAGACGCUGUCAGCGGCAUUGCAAUUGCCCGCAACAACAGCAGCAACAGCAACAGCAGCAUCGCAGGACGAUAAACUGAUUGAUGCUGAUGCCGAUGUCGGGGGGCUGCCUAAACCGCAGCAUCAGUCAUCUCUCCAGAAUCUGCUCGCCGGCAGCGAUGACAAAUCCCAGCAUUUGAGUGACAUCGACAAUGAAUCUUUCAACAGCAUCGAUUUCGAAGCCGAAAUCACAAUUGCCGGCAGCAAAGAGCAGCAGCAGCAGCAACAACAGCAACAACAACAUCCUCCGGCGGAUGAUUCGGUGGAAUCCGGCGAUGCAACAGCUAUUGGCACAUUCUUCAACAAUCUGCUGUCGCAUUCCAAUGCAGCUUCGGAGUCGGUCAGUAAGCUGUUUCGUCAAUCAAGCGGCUCUAAAUCCACGCCCUCCAAGUCGGCUCCCGCCGACAAAUCGGAUGCCAUCUCGACGGCCUCGCUCACGCUUUCACUCAGCUCCUUGGCCAGCAGCAGCAACAUGGAGCCGCCAGAACGCCAGCCCUCGAUUGCGGAGACGCCCACGCCCGUGGAGGACUCUUGCUCUAUCACCGCCUCCCACACGGCAUCCACAGCCCUCAUGAUGGAUGCCCCGGCCGUGGAAGUGGCAGCCUCUAAGCCCGAAACACCGCAGUUACGAAGCACGCCCAACGCUAAUCCCUUUCUAGUGGAGAACUCGCCGCUCCGGCAGACAGUUGUCGGUCGUGCCCUGAUCACCGUGAAAAUUGGCAGCAUCAUGGAGCAGUCUUUGGUGUACUACACAGCUCGUUUGGUGGCAGCUAGGUUCCUGCUCAGUGGACAGGCGGCGGGAUUACAGUCGGAUAGCAUAAGCAGAGUUUCCAUCAAGAGUCUAUCCCUGGCUGUGAUUUCCCAAUGUGUCCGAUUGGCACCAAGAGUUCUCCAACUCAGCCUGGAGAUCAGCGAUCAGGAACUGCAGCUGCUGGAGGAGGCCAACUCACAGGUUGUCAGUGGCGACAGUACUCAGGUGUCCAGUCCCCAGAGCAGCGACAAUUCUCAGGUGGGUGGAGAGAAGCCUUCGAUGGACAGUAGCCUUAUUCAGCCGGAGCUGGAGGACAACCUGCUACUGCUGGACAUCAAGGAUGAUCACUUUGGCCCCAGCACCUGUCCGGCUUACUUGCAACAGCCGACACCAACUCUAAGUCGCAGUGCAGAUGCUUCGAUUCUGUUACUUGGAGGCACUUCAUCAUCGCAGGCUAUCAAGAAAUCAGCAAACGAAGAGAAACUCUCAAAAUCCGAUAUCAUUGGCAGUUCAUUUCAGCCCACGGUGGCAAGUGAGGAUGUGCCUCCUUUGAGUCUGCCACCUCGUCCACCGAAGCGCACAAAAUCUACACGCAGCCGUGCAGGUGUGGUUGGAUCAACGCCUGCCUCUGGGAAUCUCUCAGCUAAAGGAUGUCAGGCCAUUUCUGAUGUCUUGCUUUUCCAUGACCACUGCGAUCCCAUCUUGCGAGGUGGAGUCCAGCAGGUUGUGGGCUACUUCUUACAAUCCAGCGGAGCUGGUCUGAUUCUGGAACUGCAGCGUAAUCUCGGUCUGCAACACUUGCUGGCCAUUUUGUUGAAGGGCUUUGAGGAUGAGAUCCACACAGUGGUUAUACAAGCGUUGAAUGCAUUCGAUAAGAUAUUUCCGCAUGUGGUGUCCAAAUAUUUGACAGAGCCGCCAUGUCAUUAUCAUGCUCAUCAGCAGCAGCAGGAGCAGAAGGAGCAGCAGCAACAGCAGGACCAGAACCUGGAGCUAGAGCAGGACCUGCAACGACAUUCAAGUGGACAACAAAAGCGUCCGGGCCAGGCGCAAACAUUUGGCCAACAAACUUUUGCAAAGGACCAGGAUAAUGCCUUAAGCAGUCAACGGCAGCAACAAAGGCGCCCUAACGAUGCCGGGACAUGUGCCAAGUCCUCGGCCACUGAUAAUGAUGAGCUACUGGCUGCUCUUUUGAAUGAUUUCCAAUUGCAAUCGACUGGCAUGCAGCAGCAGCAGCAGCAACAGCAGGACCAAAGGAGUAGCAGCCACGGUUGGCCAACUACUGGCCAGUUGGGUAAUGAGACCGAUCUCGAUCCCAAACUGGAACCUUACUGUGUGUUUGCCAUCUCACCCAAAUUGCUCUUGAGCAAACUCCGGCUCUGCCAUCACAAUAAAUAUUGGCUGGUCCAGAAUAAAUACGCCGAAGUUAUUUCGAAUUUAAAUUACGUGCUGCUGCGGUCGUACUACGCAAAUUUUCGUUGUGGCAUCGACAACAAAAACAGCGGCGCCAAGGAGCAGGACUCGAAGCGGCCGCCGAAGGAUGGUCGUAGUAAUGCCUGCUGCGAUUCUGGACGGGAUGCGGAUGGAGAGGGCGAGGACAUUGUCUGCACUUAUGAGGCACAGUUUCUGGCUGAACUUUUACAUCUGCUCGGCGACGAUGAUGCGCGGGUGCGGGAGCACGCCGCCUGCUGUCUUUGCCGCUUUAUAAUGCAAACGGCGCGCCAGGAUCCGUCUUCUGAGAAGGAUGAAGUCGUAGGAAGAGGAGGUGGAGGCAGCGAAAUCGAAGGCAAUGGAAAUGGCAACGUCAACGUGGAAACUCAACAAACUAAUUUCAAUUUGCUGUGGGAUUUUUUCGACUAUCGCAUAUUUGGCAGCAUGUCCGUGACGUUGCGUAAUUUAUUCCGGGCCAGUUCGACGAUUGUGCCGCCUCUGGCUGAGUUGGAUGCAAUGGCCACCGCCGUCUCAGCCUGUCCGGACUCUGGCAGCUCCUCAGUAUCGGCAUCUGCCUCAUCCGGAUCCAUAGCGACAGUCUCUGCGGCGUCGGCCUACUUCGAAGCAAGUUACGGCAUCGGAAUCGCCGAGGGGCAUGUUUUUGCUCUGGCAACGGCAUCGCAACGUCAAAUCGCGCAGGAGGAAAAAGUUUUGGCCAAAGUUUUGUAUCGCUUGACAAAUAAAUUGAUGACGCUGAAUGAUAAAAAUGUGCAGUUUGGCAUAAUUUACGCGUUGCGCCUCCUGCUGAGGCACUUCAAUUUCGUGGACUAUCAACAGGCCUGGCUGGAAUUCAAUUUCGUUGAAAUUUGCAUUAGCUAUGCCUACUACAACAAUGCAACAGCUGCGGACCUCAGCUGCCAGAACGAUUUGAUUGAUGUGAUGGGCAAAUUAAUGGCAGGUGCCAUGUUGAGCUCAGGUGUCCCAAAUGCCGCCCACCUGGACUUUCUGCUGCGUCACAGUGUCAAGAUGCUGAAUAUCUACUAUCACCUGGUCACCAAUCAACGCCCGCCCACUGCUGCCCAUUCCGGCGGCAGCUCCAAGCCGCCGAAGAGUGAGCUUUUCACCCGCGAACCGCCAGCGGCAUCCCUGCAGGCCCUGGGUUACUUUGCCGGCGAUUACGUUUACAUGAAACUUUACAACAUUUUAAGAGGUGCUAAUGACAGCUACAAGAUAACCAUAAAUCACGAGUCCGGCAGCUUAUUAAUUUGUCUCCUGAAAACCUGCCUCAACGCAUUGAGCAUUAGUCUGGAGGGCAUGGCGACUACCUCGUCCCCGGAGCUUAAAUUAAUCGAAGAAAUACUCCACUAUUUGACCAAGCUCAUAAAUUAUGCACCCGCCGAGUGCGUUGCAUGUCUGCGGCAACUGUUGAAAUAUUUAUUCGCCCAAAAUUAUGCCAGCCAAGUGGUACUGCAACCAUCGGCCAUCGGUGGAAUUGGCCACCAUGCCGCCUUCAUACGUCCCUACUUUAGGGCCAAGGGCAGGGGUCACGGCGCCGGCUCCACAUUGUUGCCAACAAUAAAUUCAAAACCAGAGGAGGCUACCAUUGAUACUGCCCCACUCCAGGCGCUGGGCAUGCUCUUUGUGCAGGGCCUGCAGCCGGCCACUCCGCCGGCGGGUGACUGUGCCCGGCUUAUAAAGCUAUUCGAGCCGCUGGUCAUAUACUGUCUGACGCUCUUCAUGAAAUCCAAUGCCCUGAUCCAGGCACCCAUAUUGAAGCUGCUCUCCCAACUGCUGGAGCUGAAUGUUACCUACAGUAUACUGGACUCCAAGAAUGUUAUCUUCGACCAGAUUCUAAGCAACAUGGAUCUGAUUGAAAGCGGGAUUGAUAGAAACGCUUUCAUCAUUGUCCCACCCAUGUUAAGAUUUCUGGUGCAGCUGACCCACAAGAGCGACCGGCAGCUGAUCACCAUACCCAAGAUCAUCAGCAUCACCAACAAUCUCCUAGCCAACGGAUUAGUGCGCGAUGUGGCUUUGCUGGCUCUGAAGACCCUCAGCUACGAGCUAUUCUUUAUGCACAGUCAGCUGGAGGAGGCGCUGGACACCGAGGGCCAUAGCUCAGGUCGAACGGCGUGCCAGAGUCCUUUGAGUGCGGCGCCCACGCCGGAAACCAGAGAGGCCUUGCUGGCGCAACGACGCGAACUCGACACCCAACGGGAAGUGGUGCUGGGCAUGCUGGAGAAAUUCAUCGAGGCACGACCGAGUCAACAGGUCCUGGCCCUCCUUUUACUUUUCGAGCGGAGUGUACAGCAACUGGACACGCCGCCGUAUCGCAGUGCCCAGGAUGCGGACGCGGUGUACGGGACACUGUGCCGUGGCCUAUUUUCGCGCCAGUGGCGAUUGAACUCCGUUGGAGAUCUGCGGCUGCUGGAGAGCUGCUUCCGCAACAAUGGCAACCAUGUGCUGGCCGACAGCAAGGGAUUCCUGCAGCUGCUGCAGCUUUUCAUCGAGCAGGGCGUCGGCAACUUUGGUGAUUUAGCUCUGGCCAUGGUUAUGCUGGGCAACGUAAUCCUUAAAACCGAGGAAAUUUAUCUAGUGAAUCACAUAAAACUUUAUUUGAAAAAUAAUCCAAUGGCCGAGCGUCGUCUGCAGGCCUUGCAGCCCAGCUGGGCAUCGGCAGCUCCUCACUGGCAGGACGAGGCACCAUCGACGUCUUCGGCAGCGGCAGCUGCCAGAGCGGCCGCCUCAGCCUCUUCCGCCGGACGAUCGACCAUCAGCGAAAUUAACUAUUUCGCCAAAGUUCUCAGCGAGAAGCUGCUCGCCUGUAUGGAUGUCCUCCUGGACUUGGAUCCCGGCUCAUCUUGCUCCUCCUCCGUGGGCCAUGCCUACUGUAAGCUGGCCGGGCGUUUCGUGGACGCCCUGCACAACGUCUGCUGCCGCUCGCGUCACAAGGAUGCACUUCAAUCAGUUUUCCGUUUGGUUUUGGCCGAGUCUGAAUUUCUCUGCAAAUACUAUGGCCUGCUGUUGAUGAGUGCCGCAGGCCAAGGGGGAUCCGGCUCACUGGAUGCCGUGUUACUGGCCUGCCUGAGGUUGGUCCUGGCCAUGCGGCUGGAGGAGCCGGUGGCCCUCAUGGAACACGCCGCCCAGCUGCCGCUGAAACGAAACUUGCAGCGAGCCUUGCUACGGGAAGUUUGUCGUGCAAAUGUGGGCUGCGAUUGGAGUGCGCAACAAGUGCGCCGCUUGUUCGACGGAAGGUAUCUGAAUUUCCUAAUUGCUGACCACUUGGAAUUCCUCGGCGAGCUAUGCCAAGAGCGUCCCGAGUGCGGCUCAUUACUGCAGGUGGCCUUGUUCCGGAAUGCCCAUCGAUUGAGUAGGCAAUCCAUUCGCAUCGUCCUUCGACUAUUGGGACGUCUUUGUGAGUCCGCUGAACGGCAGGCCUCUGGAGACGCUGGCAGCGAUGGGGAUCCCACACUGCAAGCCCUGCAACUCCUUAGCCGUCUGCAUCAGUUGCACGAAGGACAACGUUCGCUGCAGCUGCCUAUGGAACGGUUGGCCCGUCGACUGAGCGCUCAGAGCAGCCCAGCCGCCAGGAACGUCAUCUACGAACGGCUGGUCGAGGGAGAUCUGGCAGGCGGAGAGGACCAAGACGCCCUGCGAACCCUGCUUCUGAAGGACUUGGAGUGCCGCCAGGACAAUGAGACUGCAACGCCGUCGCGCAUAAUUGAUGAGAGCUGGCUCUUUGCGCAGCUAAUCAAAUUCGCCACCCAACAUGCGGAUGCUCCGCAGCAGCAAAAGCAGCUUAUGCUACUGCUCCUGGAGAUCCAAUCGGAGCCAAAGCUGCACCGCCUGCUCCGAAGUUUGGGACCAGAACAGGAGGCCAGGCUGUUGCGCCACGCCAUCGCUGGUUCCCUGGCUGCCAUGAUGUCCUCCUUCCGGCAAAAGUGCAUCCAACAUGCACCACACAUCAACUACAUGCAACCGCCGCCGCUGGCUCGUGUAUCCUGCUCCUUGCUCCUGGCAAAGGUGGCUUCCACUGAGGCCACACAACAGCAGUCACCACCGAGCGGAGAGCAAUUGGAUGUGGCCCGGGCGGUGGCCACGCUGAUGGCCGGCAUUCGGAAUGUGGAGCAAACAGCACUCAUCUAUAUCGAUGCCCGGCUGAUGGAGAAGUUCGUGGCUGAACACCUGCUGCGCCCCGAGCAUCAGCCGCAGUUGCUGGCCUACCUUGGAUGGCUGGCCGGUGCGGCCAAACAGAUUUUGGUCAAGCCAACACGACAGGAGUCGGAACAAGACGCCUUGGGCGUGCUGCUGGCCACCGUUGAUGCACUUUUGCAACAACCACGCAUCUGGAGGGAGCUUAAUGCCAGUUUGGAUUCGGCUCUGCGAUGUGAACUGCUCGAUCUACUGGACUCGGUGGCCCGUUGCAUUCUGCAGGACACCAUUUUCUAUCGCAAGCACCGCCCGGACAGAAACAAGGCCAAGGGACCGGCACCGCAGGCGAUUUUCCUGGCCAAAUUGAUUGAAACGCAAAUUGAAAUCGAGUCCCUGGACAGCGGCAGGGUCUUGGCAGGCACAGAGGAUGCCCGACUGCAGUUCGCAGGGCAGGAGCUGGCCCGGUUCCAAGUGGCAUUGUCGCUGGUUGCCUCCAUUGGCAUCUCGUUACUGCGAACGCACCAGUUUUAUGCCUACGCGGUCACUCCCCACGAGCUCAUCCAGCAGCCAGAGGAGCAGCAGCAGAAGCAACAGGCCGAUGGCAAGUUGCCCUCCAUUCCUGUGGACAGCCUGAGCGAUGUGGAUAUCCUGCGCCAAUUUGUCAAGAGGCUCUCCAUCUUUGGCUACACCACCCGCCAGCAAUUCGAGGAGUACUUCAUGACGUUCCUACUGCUGAUCAAUAAGGUGUACGAUGAGCACAUGGUCGAUCAGCAGGAGCAGUUCCAGAUCAAGCAGGUCUGCCUGCAGGCCAUCCUCGAACUUUUAAUGACGUACAAAACUUUUCCCAUUGUGGGCCAGGCCAAUGGACAGUUCCAUCACACGACUCGCUGGCAGCGCAUCACUUGUGACAGCAUUAGCCUAAAGAAACUGCACAAGGUGCAAUUGCUGGUGGAUGCAUGCAAUGUCUUCUAUCAGCCCAAUCUAGAGCGGCAGCUGAACCACGACAAUGUGAUUGGCACACGCACCUUUGCGGCCAAUCAGUAUGAUCUCAAUUUCAGCUGGGCCCAAAUGGAGGCCCAGGCUGCGGUGGGCGUGGGCCUAUCCGGCGGGGAGCAGUCAAACGCGGCGGACAUUAAGCAGUCCAGCGAUGCGGAUGUGCCCGACAUGGCAAUGCGCAACUAUCGCCAUUUUACGCAGCUGUCGGGAAUUGACUUUCGCAGCAGCACGCAGCUGGUCUUUGACGUACUGCAGCAGAUGAUCGAGCUGAAUCACAUCCUGGUGCUGCCCAAUUUGGUAAAGUUUUGCGAGAUCUGCGAGAGUCGGGACCACAUCAAAUGGAUUAAGGAGCGAUGUCUCAAGCUCCAAGAGCAUGUGGCCAUGGACGAUACUAUUUCGCAUCAGCAUAUAAUCUACUUACUGUGCCGCAGCCAGGCCCUCCUGAUCCCCAGCCUGGGUGAGCUGCAAGUCCUGUGCUCCUUGAUUGGCAACGUCUACUUGAAGAGCACGCACAGCUUCAUACGCAUCGCCACGUUGCAGGGGCUGCUCUGUCUGCUGGAAUGCUGCAGCAAGACCAAUACGACAAUGGGACGGCUCAGCGAAGAGCUGGCAUUGUUGCGAGCCCUAAUUGUGGGCUACAUCAAUCGUCAUGGCAUCAUUGAUGAGAGCCCGCUGCCAUUUAGCGUGGAGCACACGAAGCUGGUCUGGACGCUCAAUUACAGCCUGAUCGAGUGGACAUCGAAAUUCGUGCCGCAAUGUCAUCUCUUGUCAAAUACAAUCAUUGCGGCCAACAAAUUCCUGAAGACGACCGCCAACGAGGAGCUGUAUCUCUGCGUUCUGCAUGGCCUGGAGCGCAUGGUGGUCAAUGGCGGAGUGCCGUCUCCUGGUAGCCAGCCUAUUGGAAAAGACUCCGCAGUCGGAGAACCCGGAACCGGAGUUGCAGGAGCAGGAUCCGAGGCGGGAGCUGGUGCCGUGGUCACACCGCAGAUGCGACAUAAAAUUGAAAAACUUGCACUCGAAUUGCUGAAAAUGGAAAAUGAGAAAUUUUCGAUUCCGGCAUUGAAAUUGCUUUUGUCCUGCAUGUAUGUGGGUUCGGCUACGCAGUUGGAGAACACAGAGCUGUCGAAUGGCAUUGUCCAGGAUGACCCGGAGAUAAUCGCCCAGCAAAACGAUAAAGUCGAUAUACUUUUGCAUUGUAUUAAAUCAUCGACUCGAGAUGCCGCCUGGAUUUAUGGACAAGUGCUGUGCCAAAUUAUUCGUGAUUUAGUGCCACCGAAUGAAAUAUUGACGAAGGUCAUAAAGGAGUUUCUGGCCAUAAAUCAACCGCACGGCGAUGUUAUUGCCAUGAUUGUAUAUCAGGUAUUUCGGUCUGCCAUCGACUCGUCGUACCUGCAGAUGCUUCAGGACUGGCUGAUCUGCACCCUGCCAACGUUCCUGGCCCAGCCGGAGCAGCAGGGUGUCUGGGGUCUCAGCGUCAUCUUUUUAUCCGCCUCCAUAAAUCUGCAUUUGAUUAAACUAUUUCCGCUGGUUCUCGGCAUCGGUGCAACCAGCUCGGUGGCAGCGGCGACAGCGGCAACAACCGAGGCGCAGGCACAAGCUCCAGCGGCGGCCCGAAAAUUGGGUCAACACGAAAUUGCAUUGUUCGUGACAGCUGCACAAGAUUUCCAUGCGAAAUUGAGUGGCGAGCAGCGGCAGCGUUUCCGCGAGGCCUUUACCAGCUUCGAGCGGAGUCAAGUCUAUGGCCGGAUGUUGCAGAGCCUCUGAGGCAACGCCAUGCUAUAGGAUACGAUACCAUGUAAAGAAAAAAUCCAACGGAUACGGAUUUGGCAGCGGCUAAACUUGCCCCAAAAGACAAGCGCAAGCGUGAAUAACUAAUUGCCCCGAGCCGCGGAUAAAGUUUAAGCGGAUGUCCCUCUUCUGCGCGUUUGUACUUCUUCGUCUUGAAGUUCCAGGCCCCAGCGAGUGGAAAGUUUUUUAAUAGUUGGCGAAUACAAAAUUAAUUUAUGCUUUACAUUAUGUGUAACUAAUAUUUAAAUUAUUGCAAACGAAUGUUCACCCCGGCACCUCUUGCACUUCCUAAUCUGGCCAAAAGUUUAACGAGGCCACCAGCGAGCGACCCGCAAUUAAUUCCUGCGGCUUUCGACAAGGACCAUGGACCAAGAACAAAACACCAAACACCAAGGACCCAACAUCCAACAGCCAGGACACGGAAAUUAUGUUCUUGUCAGUUUUUGGGUAAAGUUUAUCAUUUAUUUAUUAUGACGCUGCUUGCUCGGGCGAAGAAAUAGAACCUGGCCAAAGGACGCUAGUGGGCAUUAGUAUGCGCCUUAACCAAUUGCUGGCUAAUUCCUAAUCAAAAUUACUUAAAAAUUCCAUUAUGCAAGAGACCCUUUAUCCCCUCCUUCUUUGCGUACUCCAAUUGUAAUCAAAAUAAUAAUAACCAUAUUGUUUAACCAAAUAAAAUCACAAGUUGAAACGAG